AUGUGCACCCAACAGAAGCAUCUUAUGACAGUCUUCCGUCUCGGCGAAAAGGGUGGACAGGACGUCGAUCACGCGAUACUCAGCGCUCUCUUGAAGGGCCAAAAUUUAUCCCCUGCCGAUCAGCUCGCUCUGGCACUGGCAUGGAGUCGUGUCGACAUUGCACGUUCGGAUAUUUUCACCUCUGGACAGGACUGGCCACAGUCAGCACUCCAUAGCGCUAUGAUGGAAGCACUGAUUAAUGAUCGCGUUGAUUUCGUCCGUCUUCUACUGGAAAACGGUGUCAAUAUGCAACGAUUCCUCACUAUUGGACGACUGGAAGAACUAUAUAAUACGGACAAAGGACCCGCGAACACUCUGUACUACAUUGUAAGAGACGUUGUGAAGGUCCGGCAAGGGUAUCGGUACAAAUUGCCUCAUGUUGGACUAGUCAUCGAGAAACUGAUGGGGAAUGCGUACAAGUCGUCAUAUACUACGUCCGAAUUCCGGUCAAAGUAUAGUGCCUUUAUGAAGAAAUUUAGGGGACGAGGCAACGGUGGUAAAGGAGCACCUCCUGGCAGUGGCAGUACUGCUCGAUCUCGUGGCGGCUCCGGCGCUAUGUCACGCCAGUCAACGGAGCCGAGUGGAUUUCUUGGUGGAUUCGCGGCACCUCCUCCAGCGGAACCAAUAGCCGAAGGUGUAGCGGCAGCCAGUGGAAGUCGUGCGCUUUCCAACCAUAUUCUUUGGCGAUCAGCUUUUCGAAGAGAUGUGAGUUUAAUUGAUGGCACUAUAACUCAUUAG